AUGUCGACCACGGCGGCGGCGGCGGCGACGCCCACGCCGACGGGCAACCGAGCCCCCUCGCAGGGUGGCAUCUUUGAAGGGCUGGACCCGUCCGUCUACAACCCGUCGGACCCCAUCAUCCUGUUCAUCAUCCAGGCGACCAUCGUUAUAGCCCUGACGAGGCUGCUGUACUGGCCUCUGAGCAAGAUCAACGAGCCAAAGGUCAUUGCUGAAGUCAUCGCCGGCAUCCUGCUCGGCCCGUCCGUCUUCGGCCGCAUCCCCGGCUUCACCGACGCCAUCUUCCCCGCGAACUCGAUGGCGCCCUUCCGGCUCGUCGCCAACAUCGGCCUCGUCCUGUUCCUGUUCCUCGUCGGGCUGGAGAUCAACCUGUCGUUCCUCGUCGGCAACUGGCGGACGGCCGUGAGCGUCGCGACGCUCGACAUGGCGAUCCCCUUUGGCUGCGGCGUUGGGCUGGCCUACGGGCUGUACCACGAGUACAGCGACGACCCGGGCAUCGCGCCCAUCUCGUUUGGCGUCUUUGCGCUCUUUAUCGGCGUCGCCAUCGCCAUCACGGCAUUCCCCGUGCUCUGCCGCAUCCUGACGUCCCUCAAGCUCCUCAACACGACCGUCGGCGUCAUCGUGCUCACGUCGGGCAUCACCAACGACGUCGUCGGCUGGGUGCUCCUCGCGCUCUGCGUCACCCUCGUCAACUCGGGCGCCGGCGUCACCGCCGUCUGGAUCCUCCUCGUCUCCGUCGGCUUCGCCCUCUUCCUCGCCUACGCCGUCCGCCCUUGCUUCAUGUGGGUGCUCCGGCGCACGCGCAGCCUCGAGAACGGGCCGACGCAGGGGGUCGUGGCGCUGACGCUCGUCAUGGUGCUCGCCUCGGCCUUCUUCACCUCCAUCAUCGGCGUCCACAGCAUCUUUGGCGCCUUCAUGGUCGGCCUCAUGUGCCCGCACGAGGGCGGCUUCGCCAUCAAGCUGACGGAGAAGAUCGAGGACCUCAUCGCCACCCUCUUCGUCCCGCUCUUCUUCGCGCUGUCCGGCAUCAACACGAACCUGGGCCUGCUCGACAGCGGCAAGACGUGGGGGUACGUCAUCGCCAUCAUCCUCGUCGCCUUCUUCUCCAAGGUCGUCGGCGGCACCGCCGGCGCCCGCAUGAACGGCCUCGUGUGGCGCGAGUCCUUCACCAUCGGCACCCUCAUGUCCUGCAAGGGGCUCGUCGAGCUCAUCGUGCUGAACAUUGGCCUCCAGGCCAAGAUCCUCAGCACGCGGACCUUCACCAUGUUCGUCGUCAUGGCGCUCGUCACCACCUUCGCCACGACGCCCCUCGUCAUGUGGCUCUACCCGCCGUCCUACCAGCAGAAGCUCGAGCUGUGGAAGAGGGGCAAGAUCAACUGGGACGGCACGCCCGUCGUCCGGCACGGCGCCGACGGCGAGGACGAGGCCAACGAGAGGAGGGAGCCCGCGACCAAGCUCCUGGUCUACCUCCGGACCGACGGCCUGUCGAGUCUGCUAUCCACCAUCUCCCUGUUCACGAGCGGGCAGGGGGGUGGUCCAGACUCGAGAAAAGCAGUCGUCGAUGACAAGCCUCAUCGGAGCGGAGAGAAAGGUCUCGUCGAGCAACCGGUGCACAUCCCCGGGGACGGCGACGGCGGCGACGACGACGAGAACGAACUACCACCGCGCGAACUCCUGCGCAUCCACGGCUGCCGCCUGGUCGGACUGACGGAGCGCAACUCGUCCGUCAUGAAGGUCUCGGAGAUCGAGGAGUACGCCGGCCACGACCCCAUCAUCAAGGCCUUCGGCACGUCGGCCAGCACCGCCAGCAGGGACGUGCUCGUCUCGGGCCAGAUCGCCGUGGUGCCCGAGGACUCGUACGCCGGCACGCUCGCGGCGCAGGCGGCGCGGCUCGGCAGCGACCUCGUCCUGGUGCCCUGGAGCGAGACCGGCACCGUCUCGGAGCUGCCGUCCUUCUACAGCGCGACGACGCGGGGGAACCCGAUCACGAGCGGCGACUUCCCGAGCCUCGUGGCGGACGUGUUCGAGGAGGCCAGGCCCGUCGCGGCCGUGGCGACGUAUAUCGACGCGACGCUCCUCGAGAAGGCGGACGAGGCGGCCGCUGCGGAGUCCUCCGGCGGCGGCGGCAGUGCCAGGAGAGCGAGGCAGCAGCAGCAGCAGCAGCUGACGAGGACCGCGUCGGGGGCCGUCAGCGUGUCGGAGCAGCAGCAGGACCCGUCGGCGGCGCGGUUUUUCUCGGCGGAGAGGCGCGGCAGGAAGCUGGUGCGCGUGCUCUACACGGGCGCCGAGGACGACCUGUUCGCGGUGCGGCUCGGCCUGCAGCUCGCGCAGAACGAGAACCUCGACGUGGACGUCGUCGACGCCGCCGACCCGGACGCCGAGGCCAACAUGCAGUUCGUCCGGAUCCGGGCCCGGAUCCACGGCUCCGUCGCCGGCCGCGUCACCUUCAGCAAGCUGGACGGUGCCGCCGGCGCCGCCGGGAAGGACACUACCACGGCGGCCAUCGUUGCCGGGCUGUUUGCCCUGCAGGCCGGGGAGAAGCGGCCCACGACGUACGUCCUCGGCCGGUCCGGCACGACGCAGCAGCAGCAGCAGUACCAGCAGCAGCAGAGCGCCGGGCCCAACACGCUCGGAGACUCGUCCGUCGUGGAUCCGCGGAAGACGCUGGGGCCGGUCGCCGCCGAGUUCAUCUCCGAGGUCCAGAAGACCGGCGCGGCCAACGUGAGUCUGCUGGUGGUGCAGGCGAAGCGGCCGGCCAAGGACCCGAACGCGAUGCAGCGCAAGACGAGCGUGGAUUCGAGCAGGGACUAG